AUUUGUUAUUUCUACGCCAUAAUAAUAUAAAGAAGAAGAAGUUAUUUCUACGAAGGGAAAAGUUAGUAAAUUUAUGUUAUGAGCUUGUUUUUUAUUGUUUAAUUUUCGAGCAAAAUGGAGCAAUGGGAAGCACUAGUGCAGCAGUACCCAAAUACGCAAGACCUAAGAACCUUCACAAACACACUUGUGAAGGCUAAACCCAUGGUUAAAGAGGACUUAGCACCAUUUGAAAUAAAUUGGUUUAUAAACUCCUUGCUAUAUAAACCAGUGGAGCUACUUACAACAAUAUCAUCACAGCGUAAGGUCGAGACAUGGGGAAAAUUACUUGAAGGUGCUUUUAAGCUCCUGACUGAUAUUGUCACCAAGUUCGGAGAUUCUGUAGAACAGCACUAUGAAGACAUUGUUCAGGUUUGCAAGCUGGAAUACCCACCUAAGACCGCCAACCAAGCGCUGACGUGCUUGGCUCAGGUGGCGCGGCGCUCGGCGCUGGGUGCGAGGGAUGCAGAGCGGUUCAUUGAACAGCUGUUAAUUUCGAAAAAUUCUAAGACGCAACUUGCUUUGCUUAUAGGUACUAUAUGCGAGUACCACCCUGAUCAGGUCGAAAAUAAUAUUGAAACCAUACUUAGAACAUUUUUAAGCUCUAAUGUACUCUAUGGCGACAGAAAUUCUCAUCAAGUGAUGUGCAGUGCGUUGCAAGGCUUGACUGGACUAUUCAAGAACUUUGGUGAGGACCUGCCCACAAGUGAUCUCAUACUGCUCUAUGAUAAGUUAACUAAGGAACUUAUACUCAGACCCAAGUGUGAUAAAGUGGUGCUGGGCAUCCUGAGUGCGCACGCGCCGCUUUUCGCGGAGCGCCUGCUCGACGACGCGGCGCUGCGGCGCGCGCUGUGGCGACAGCUCGCGGCCGACAACGACGCCGCCAUCGCCGCCGCACUGCGAGGCAUUUACAACGCAAUCUUUCAAAUGCCGGGACAGACUAACGAACUAGUACAGAGAAUAAUAGAUGAGGAAGUGACCCCGCAGCUGAAGUCGUACCGUCUGACGAAGUUCACGGCGCUGCGAGUGUUGUCGCUCGCGAGGGAGCAGCGCGAGGUGCGCGCCCACGUCGGCGCGGGCAGCGACGUGCACGUGCUCGAGUUCGAGCUGCGGCACGGACCGGUCACCUACAGCGUCGCCGAUGACAUAGCUUGGUGCCUCGAAUCCAACGUUGCUAACAGCGAACGACUCCUGCAGACGGCGAUCAUGUUCUUCACAAAUUUGCCGAAAACAAAACUGAAGCAGACUGUUGUGGACAACUUGUUUGCCUCCCCAGAUAGCGUGAGAAAGUCUUGCGUGAUCUUUUUAACAACGGAGUCGUGUCAAGACGCCGUCUCUCUGGAAAAAUUUCGACCGCUGUGGACGCUUAUAUUCAAAUGUGACGACGGAGGCGACGACAAAUUCCUAGAGGGUGCCAGACUAGUGUUUGAAGAUUUUAUGGAGUAUUUAGUGAUGCUGCUUGAGAUGUUCCUCGAUGAACAACAUGAGGUGUUCCCGGAGAAGUUGUGUUGGUUGCUGUACCUGUGCGUGGCGGUGGCGGGCGCGGGCGGCGCGGCGGAGGCGGGCGCGGAGUGCUGCGCGCGCGCGCUGCGGCUGGCGUGCGGCGCCGUGCGCGCGUGCGGCGCCGCGCCCGCGCUGCUCGCCGCCGGCGCCGCGCUCGCGCCCGCGCUCACGCAGCAACACCGACACAUACAGAUGCAAUUCUAUCAUUUGCUUGACGUGGACACGUGUCUGGAUGAAGAGGUGCUUAACGAGACGUGCCUGGCGUUAGUGCAUGCGCCAGAAGGGUUGGGCCGCACUGACUCUAUACUCGACGCCUUGCAGAUUUUGUUGUCGAGUCGCGACACGUCGCCGGACGUGCUGUGCGCGGCGCUGCGCAAGCUAGACGAGUUACUGUCGCGGAGUGACUUGGACCCCGCCCAAACAGAUCAAAUUUUAUAUCAAGUGGAAAAGUUGCGCACGAGGAAACGAGCCAAUACAAAACAAGACAGAAUACUGAUGAGGGAUGUGCUCCUGUUCCUAGGUAAAUUCGGUGCGAGCGGCCGCAGUGGUCCCGCGGACGUGACGGCGGGCGGUCACGAGCCCAUCGUACUCUCCGUGCAGAAUCCCACGGAAUAUGGUGUUUCUUACAAUAUUGAUCUUCGGGAGAUACUUCAAUUGGCUGAAGUAGAGGAGGACGUGGAUGUGUUACGUAGUAUCCUGGCUGUUGUCUGUGCGAACAGGUCGUGGUGCCCGCGCGUGCUGUGCAGUGAGGCGGCGCGGGGCGCGCGGGGGCUGCGCGCAUGCGCGGCGCUGGCGCGCGCGCCCGCCGAGCCCGCCGCCGCGCUCGCGCACGUGCUGCUCCACAUAAUGCCGGAGCGGCGGUGGAGCGUUCGAAGACUGCUGGCGGAGGGCGUGGCCGCGCAGCUGAACGAGGCGGGAGACGACGCAUUGGCUGCCGCCAUCGACCAGGCCCUUCUCUUGACCAACUUCACACUUCAAACAUCUAAACGUGCGGGAUUAGACUUGAUCGAAUCGUUCAUGGUGCCUCUAAACGACAGAAACGAUUUGUCGAAGAGGCUAUUACCACAAAUUUUGGUAGAUACAGCUAAAGCAUUUGAAAUAAACUCUUGUUCCGCUUUCAACGCCGCUUCCGAAGCUUUUAUAGAUAAAAUUCCACUACUCGAUGAUAAUGUUCUGCAAAAGCUGCAGAAGGAAUUAAUAGAAACAAUAAUUAGCGACAAAAUGGAAGUUAUUACCGAUGAUAUGAGAAUUUACAAGAUGACUGUGAAAAAUAUUCUAGAACUGUUUAAGCAUAUGGAUGUUGAAGAAAUUGAGUGUUCUGAAAUUAAUAUUAAGACGUUGUAUGUGGCUGUGCAAGCGCAUAAAUUGGGUGUUGAAUGUCUGGUGAACAGGUUAGCCGCACCCAAUGUGAUGCAACAAGCCCUAGGCAUUGUUGUCGAUACAGACGACUGGUUUCAAGUUGACACAUUUUUUAUAUUCCUAAAACAGUUUUCGGAUGCUCUACUGGAACAUAAUGGCGAUAGAGUAAUACAAGUUAUAGCCGAUAUCAUCCCUCGACUAGACUCGGAAACGAUUAAACGAGUACAAAAGUCCCUGAAGUCGUGUGUCAGGGUCUACUCCAAAAAAUCGAGUGAACAGCAACAGGUUCUCGAUUCAAAAGUCAAUGAGUACUGCUCCAGGGCACCGUUGGAAGAAAUCACCAAGGAUCUGAAGCAAAACAUCUUCAACCCUGGACACAUUGACCAGGUCCUAGCUUUAAACGUCAUCACCGACCUGGGAUGCUCUCUCGACGAGACGAACAAGAGCUUUAUUAGACAAUGGCCCCGUCUUCUAUUCAAAAUGUGGAACCAAGGCAUGCAGUACCCAACUGAUUUACUGAAUGUGGCCGUACGUAGCCUCACCCAGGCUGAAGUAAAGAGUCUUAUUAUUAAUGGCCAAGGAAUUGUACCAGAAGGUUGUGACGACAUUAUUAAAUUUUGUCGCGUAAACAUGUGUGUGUUUUUCGAAUAUUUAGUAAGAAAGCCUUUUUUGUUGGGCGAGAAUGAUGUGACAAAAUGUGGAGUGCUUCUAAACGAUGUGGUGCAGUGGUAUGUCAGAAGAAAAUGUCCGCUGGAAUGGUCUGAUGCUAUACUGGAUCUUGUUGAUCAAUUGUGGUCGAGCUACGAAAGCCUGGUGUCCUUCGAGCGGAAAGUGGCGCUACUGCAGGACAUGCGCCGUCUGCCGACCGCGCUCCCGCCGGACUCCGCGCCCAUGCGGUGGGCCGUACAGCGGAUGACGCAGGGCGACGUGGCCGAAAUGAUCAGCCUCGUAGCAGUGUUGCCACCGGGAGAAGCGUACAAGGAAUCGUUCUGUGCGCUGGCGGCGCUGUUGCCGACGCGGCUGAGGGAGCUGAGCGGCGAGUCCAACUCCGUGUUCAGAGCGCUGGUGGACGCCGCCGCCGACGGCGACCACACCCUGCUCGAAAUCAUCGCCAAACUAGCUUCAGGUGACGACACGGCGGGGUGGUGGGACGCGGCGCUGGAGUGCUGCGCGGCGAGCGUGGCGGCGCGCGCCGACCGCGCCGUCUACGAGCUGCUGCAGCGGCUCGCCUGGAACUGCGACUCGCUGGGGGCCUGCCAUCGCCUCUACUUACCUCUACUAAGGCACUCUAGCUCUCAGUUCUUGGAGGAGUACUUGCCCGGCGAGGUUGUGAAAGGUCUCGGGUUCCUGGAACGAACCAUUAAACCCACGCCGGUGUUCGCGUACCGGGAACAGGUGAAGCGCUGUGCCGUCGUCUUCUCGACCAUACAAGUUGCCAUGGAGAAGUUGAGCAGUACCACGCUGGAGCAGGGCACGUCGCCGCUGAACAGCGGGCUCGGCGCGCCGCAGCCCUGGCGCGCGCUCCGCGACGUGCUCACGCGCAGCGUCGACUACCUGCUGCGGACCGUCUGCCCCGCCGGCGCCGACACCACACUGCAGGACAGCUGCAGACAGGCGCAGUGCGCGGCAUUCGCAUGCGCAUGCGCAGCGCUACGGCGUCGCGCGCCCCCCGAACGUGCGUACGGCGCGCUGUUCGAGCCGACGCUUUGGUCCGCACUUCUCGACCCCCACGCCACCCAUGACCUGCCGCUGCCUGAUAAUUAUGUUGUUCGUAAAGUGCGGCAUACGGUAAGUAUAGAAGAGGGGGAUGCAGCAGGUGUGGCGGGGAGUGCGGCGCGGAGGGCGGGCACACUCACUGGCAGUACGCACCGCUCGCGGCUGUUCUUACGCACGCUGUCUCAAAACCCGCUGGAGUAUGACAAAGAACCUGCGCAGGACGAGGCACCGGGCGAGCAGGAGGUGGAGGUGCGCGCGUCGUGGCUGAACUCGCUGCGGGUGUCGCGCGACGUGACGGCGCUGCUGCGCCACGCCGCCGCGCGCCGCCUGCACGCGCCGCGCCGCCUCGCCGACGCGCUGUGCGGCCGCGGGCAGCGCAACGCCAAGCUCAUGCUCGCACAGGUGGUGUGCAACUGCAGCGCUGAGCUCGCUCAGUACGCGGACGCGCUGCGGCCCGCCCUCUUACAACUCGUCGCUGAGAUUAAUGACGAACCCUUUAAUUCUCUCCAUCUCGACAUUCUCACCACCCUGUCGCAAUGGCGUGACAACAUAUCUCCGUCGGACAAAGGACAUUUGCAAGGGGCCGUAGUGUCAUUGAUGCUGGCUAUACUAAACAAUAGACAUCGGAAAUAUACACAGGAUAUACUGAUGGAGUGUAUGAACAAACUACUUGAAGUGUACGGAUCCAUGGUUUCCGUCGAAUGGCCGCUGAUCGAAAGAUAUUUUCACCAUGAAGACGAGGAUAUGUAUAAAACCUGCUUGAAGAUGUUACAUAAAUUCACUAAAAAUAAUGUGUAUAUUGAGGGCAUGGUGGAAGUUAUCAUAGCCAAAUUAAACGAGCAAGGUGGACUGAGCGCGGAGUUGUCCGCACUGCUCGGCGCGGCGCUGCGCGUGCGCGCCGGCGACGCCGCGCUCCACGACAUCGAAUCUCUCAUGAAGAAGUGCGCCCACGUGGAGUUCAUCAAAACGCUGUACUAUAUGCAGAUGGAGUGUGACCGAUGCUGUACUUUCAACCAAUUCAAGAAAUUGAUUCUAUUGUAUGGAACGGUGCCAGCCUCGGAGAAAAAGAAAUGUCUUCGAAUCAUGGCGUCAUUUUUGUCGGGACCUUGCUCACGUAAUAGCGAUUUGGACAUAUUUAAGAAAUUGCAUCUGCAAGACUAUAUCAAGAAUACUGACGAUGAAGAUAUUAUUGCGGAAGCCAUAAAAGUAGUGAAAUGUAGUCUACAUCUAAUGGGAGAGCCGUUGAAGAGCAGUCUGGUGCAGUUGGUCGCGGAGUACUGUCGGCACUUGUCUGCCGAUGUCCGCGAGGCAGCCUUGGACGUCGUCACUCAAGUAUUCCAAGAGUGGCGAUCGACUGCGGGCAGCGCGGCGCUGGAGGCGGCCGGGGCGGGCGGGGCGGGCGCGUGCGCGUGCGCAGUGCGUGCACUGGGCGCGGCGGGGCGCACGCUGCCGCGCCGCGCCGGCGCCGCGCUCGCUCCACACCUGCCCACCAGGUUCGCAGAGAGCCUGUAUCUGGCGGUGUACCUCCCUGCGAGUGCAGAUGAAAAACUAGAUUUAUGUGAAGUCGCGUCCACCUUCCUGGAAACACUGUUUAGCGGAAUGCGAAGUCAUGAAGCGUUCAAGAACUUUAAGCUAAGGAACGAACCACUGCAGACUAACGAGCCAGCGCCAACGUUGACCCUCACAUCGAGCACGCACCACUUCACUCUCGGCAAUGGCACUAUACAAGCGACAGAUCCUGAUGUUCCAGCAGUAGACGUUCAGAUGAAAGUUGACGAUAUUCUCGCGAGUCUCUUCCAAUUUGCGAAGGUUAGCGGAGCGGCGGCGGUGCGGCUGGUGUCGGCGGUGACGCGCGCGUGCGCGGGCGGCGCGGGCGCGGAGGCGGCGCGCACGAGCAGCUGGCUGGGCGAGCUGCUGUCCGCCGGCCCGCGCGCACUGUCGCCGCUGCUGCUGCAGCUGGCGCGCGACUCGCUGCCGCAUCUCUGUGCACUCGACAGCUUUGAGGAGUCGGUUGCGAGACUGAGAAGGGAGCUGACAGGCACGGAGACCGAGGACCUGGCGGUCCUGUUGCACGAGGAGAUACUUCUAAAGACCCGCGGGCCUGAACAAUUCGUCUUAGGGUCGAAACAAGAAGAAAUGGACGUAGACAUGGUGGAUCAAGAUAAACAAUUUUCGAUUCAGGAUCUUGUAACUUCUUUUGGUAAAUUAUCGAACUGGGAAAACUUAACAUUGCAAGAAAAGCGACGCAUAGAGAGAAGUCUGCCUCCGCUCUGGACCGACGAACAAACAUUCGAGUCAGCGAUAAAGCAGUACAACGCAGAUGGCGACAGUUGGUUCGGCAUGAUGUUGUCCGCGAGUAGCGGCGCGGACGAGCUGCGGAGCAUGCACUGGCUGCGCGAGCUGCAGCGCGAGCCGACGAGACAGUUCGAAGUGUCCGCCGUGACUGAAGCGAUCCAGUGGCAGAGUUCAGAUAACCUGUCAAGCCUAUACCGUGGAGAGCGCGACCUGCCGCGCAACGAGUGUCUCGCCGAGUGGGCCGCCAGGCUCAUGUUAAGGUCGCGGUUCGUGUCGCAGGGGAAGGGCGAGGCGCUGGCGGCGCGGUGUCGCGCGCUGGAGCUGCGCUGGUGCGCACGCGCCGCCGCCGCGCGCCUCGCCGCGCCCGCGCUGCGCUGCAUCGCCCGGAACGUGCCAAACUUAAGCGAAUUGGAUACGCUGCCGUGGUUCCUGCAGAGACUCCUCGCACUGAGGACACAAGCUCUGGAACAGCGUGACACCGCACAACUAGCUAAAAUAUUGGAACAAGCUGUGACGUUCGUGCCGAAGUUCCCGCGCAGCGAGCCGGCCGUGCUGCUGCGCUUGAACCACCUCACGCUGCAGCUGCGACGCGAUAUCAACAAGUUUUCGGAGCGCAGUGUGGAUGAAGCACUUGAGAAAAUGAACGAGCAAUGUUCCAGGGAUGAAGAAUUAUAUGCUGGAAGUAAAAAAAUAGUGCAUGACACGCUACACCUCGCGAUGACUUGUUACCUCGAGCUGUGGACUGAGAACGAUGACGUAGAAUAUCACAACUCGUUGUUGCGCGGCAUGUCGCGCGUGGUGCGGCGCGCGGUGCAGUGCGCGGCGCAGGACGGCGCGGGCGCGGCGCUCGGCACGCUGCUCGGCGCGCUGUUGCGCCGGGACCGCUGCCUGUCGCCACACACAUGACGUGGCCGACGAUCUACUCGCCACGUUGGAGUGCGCGCUGCCGCGACUGCAGCCGUUCGCAAAGUGCGCGGCGCUGCAGUGGGCGGGGCCGGCGCGGUGGGCGGGGC